AUCCCGCUUGUCAGCUUCUUUGUCUCAAAAUGCAUAACUACUAUCGCUCUCUUCACAAUGCUCCACCAWUGAAGUGUGAUCCUGAACUGGCAAGGUCUGCUCAGAAAUGGACGGACGAACAGGCUCGUGCUGGAAAAAAGCACCAUUCAAAGUGGACAGACAAGUUUACUGAGAGUGUUUCCUGGAAAGGCUGGGGUUGGGAAGGCAUGGACAAGUAUGAAGGAGCCAUCCCUGGUGCUACAAGAAGUUGGUAUUCAGAGAUCAAAAACGAUUACAAUUACGCAACUGGUAAAGGAAAUGGCCAGGUAGUUCGUCAUUUCAUGGCAGUGGUUUGGAAGAGCGAGACUAAGCUUGGAUGRGGAUUGAAUAUCAAGGAAGGCGAUGGUACAUAUGUGACUGCACACUAUGCUCCUGCCUCACAUGCUUAUUCGAACUACUAUAAAUUGGCACCAACAAAUGUCUUGGCUCGCAAAGAACCAGAGCCCUCUUGCAAUAUUCGCUCAUCUGAUCGCAAGGAUUGUAACGACAAACUGAAGGCCCCAUUUGUGACCCCUGAUGAGUGCCUCGCCGCAGGCUGUUGUUAUGACGAUAUUUUUAUGUCUGAGAAUUCUGUGCAAUUCUAUGGUACAAAUGGAAGGAAAUGGUGCUUCAUCCCAACAGGAGGUGUAAAGACAACAGCUGCACCAACCACUACUGUAAAUACAACAACUGCACCAACCACUAACUCAUCUAGUUAUACAACGGCUAAUUCAUCUAGUUAUACAACGGCUAAUUCAUCUGCUGGCACUACUUGA